AUGUUCGAGAAAAAGUUCAACAUUGAAGUACAAACUUUACAGCCUUUACGUGAGUUUCUUGCACAACUGAAAGAAGAAGGUAGUCAGCCACAACUUAUAGACUUUCAUUAUGAAUUUAAUGAAAAUGAAGAUGGAACACAUGACUGUCAGUUUGUUGUAUUCUCACCAUUCAAUGAAGUCGCUAAAGAGAAAGAAAAUCCAUUACGUAUAAGAUUUCAAAUCUCUGAACCAAGUGAUGAUUUCAAGAAUGUUUUCAAUUAUGAUGCAAUGCUUCCGAGGAAAAAUGAAUUUUCAAAGAUUGUAACACCUGGCAUUUGGGAUAGAAAGCAAGCUAUAUUAUAUUCAAACUUAAGUAAGGGAGUUGAAAAUGAGUUCAUUGGUCAUACAAGAACUUCACCACUUCCUAACCCUAAAUACUAUAAAUUAACUGGCUUCAAUCGUGAGUUUUGGAUAGACAUGUUCUCCACUCAUGACCAUAACUGCCCAGUGUUCUUACCUCCAGACCAUAAGGACUGUCUCUACAUUGAAGCACAACUCUUAAACUCUAC